UUUGAUCCGACCGCAAACAAUGGUGAGCCCGUCGAACGCCGUUUACCUCGUGGCCGCGCUGGCCCUUUGCUGCUGUUCCUGUUCAUGUUGGUCUCCGGUGCCGGCGGACACGGCCAUCGCCGAGGGACCGAGUUUGGCUGACAUAUCGCGGAUCAUCGAGUCCCAUGACUUGUCCAAUAUAUUCGGCUACGGAAACGCCGUCGACGGCGGCAACGCGUUCGAAGGUCGCGGCAAGAAGCCCAAACCGGGUCACAUGAUGAUGAUGAUGGGUGGCACGGCGGCCAUGAGCAUGAUGGUAAUGAAAGCCAGCGCCGCCAUCAAGCUGUUCAUCAUCCACUCGUUUCUGGCCACCAAACUGGGCUUGAUCAUAUUCGCGUACUUGCUGUUGUGCAAGCUGAUGGAGAUGAAGCAACCGCCUCCCAAGAAGAUGAUCAAGUGGUCCCCGCCGCCGCCCUCGCACGACGAACACCCCAUGCCCAUGAUGCAUCACCCGGUCCAAGAGCCGUCGUACGAACCGCACCAAGAACAACAACCGCCGCAGCCGGCCGACCAGUACGGUCCUCCCCAACAGUUCAUGCCGUCCAGUAUGGGUGACUACGGUGGCGGCGGCGGCGGCGGCGGCGGUGGUGGAGACAUGCAAGGCCAUUACUCGCACAUCAGCCCGGUAACGUACAGGCCCAUGAUCAACCGGAAUCCGCCGGACAACAAGGCCGUGGGCCGGCGCAAAUGAACGACAAACCGAAAUGACGCAACUUAACUCGUUACUUUCCGCUCAAAGGCCUGACGCCGAGGUAAGAUUCUCUACACGCUGAUGAACUCGAGAAACGGUCUAAAAACGUCCAUCACGUUAGGUUAGGUUAUUCAUUAUUUAUUAUUUAUUUAAAUUUAACUCGGGACUGCGCGACUUGUAAAAAACUAUG